CGAGGCAGCGGCUGGCAGGGUAUAUAAAGGUAUGAGCUGACACCGGCGUGGCCUCUGCGAGCUAAACAUCACGUUCAGUCGGGUUUUGGAGAGGAGAGGGGUCAGUCAGUUUCGGAUGUCCAGCGGCUCUCUCCUGUGAGGAAUUAACGCGCACGAGCCAAAGACACGAGUGUGGAGCUCAACAUGGUGCAGCUGUCUCCUUCCCCUACCCUGGAUAUCACCCCCCCACCUGAGCGCUCAGAGGAGGAGGGGGAGGAAGGACAGGAGGACUCAGGAAUGGCUGGUGGCCCGAAGGUGGGCUCACCCAGUGGGCUGAGCGCCCUGCAGCUCAGCCUGGAGGUCUCCACCUCCUACCAUGGCUAUGAAACGUACAUAGAGGAUGGUCUCAUCUGCCUCAAACACAAGGUCCGCAACCUGGAGAAAAAGAAGCUGAAACUGGAAGACUACAAGAAGAGGCUGAACCAGGGCCAGGCAUUAAACAAAGAUCAGAUGAUGGCUGUGGAAAAGUACGACGAGGUGCUGCAUAACCUUGCAUUCGCAAGGGAGCUACACAAAACCCUGGAUGACUUGACUCAGAAUCUGCUGAGGGCUCAGAGGAGGGUGGUGAAGAAGGAGCAGGUGGUGAAGGUGGAGACGGAGAGGAGGCGCCUGAGCAUGGUGCUCCAGAUCCAGCAUGUCCUCACCAGCCUGCAGCAGGAGCACAUCAGGAGAGACCUGCUGGCCGGACAGAACCAGGCGCCUCAUCUUUCAGCCCAGCAGCUGCACUGCCUGAGCCAGCUUGCCAGUCUGCUGGGAGUCAAGAGGAAUAACAGACUGACCUUAGAGGAGCAGAUGGACCAGGCAGCUCUGGUCUACUUGGACCUGCUGGAGGGGAAAGACAAGGCAGUGGCUGGAUCCACAUUUAAGCUGCUGAAAGAGGAGCUCACCAGGCUGAUGAACUGCAAGUACUUCAGUUGUCUUCCACCUCCACCCAAGAAUGCUCCAGAGGUGUCGCAGAGCUCAACCAAUAACAGCACCAUAUCAAAGACAAAACCAAAUGAGGUUUCUAAGGAGUUUUUCAACAGACUGUACCUGUCUGACAUGGAGACUCCUCCCACUCAGAACUGGAAGGAGGACUUCCAGGCCAUGAGGGAGCAGGAGCCUCCUGACAGCUGGGAUAUGGAACUCCCAGAUGGACCCACCUCACCACCAGCUGCAGUCCACAAACCAUGGAGAGGAGCUGCUACUUUCAUCCCCAAAGUCCCCGUUACCACCAAGAAACAGUCUGCUGACGGCAAACAGCAGAAAAAAGAGAGGAAAGCCAAAGGAGAGCAGAAUGCCAAGUCGGCACAUCACAUGGACAUACCGGUAGAGGGUUUCAACUCCCCAUCUACCUUACCCAAAGACCCCAUUCUGAGGAAGCAGCACCUAGAGGACCUCAUGACAAAGAUCCAUGGCUCCUUUAGUUUCAUGCAGGACUCUCUUCUGGAUGGUGAGAGCUCCCCAACUAAUGACCACCCCAGAAUGAAGAGACGGCCAUCUGGAUCUCCAUCUCCUCUGGGUAACUUGGAACAAUUCAGCAAGCUUGCUCAGAGAGACUUGAGAAGCCCAGUUGAUAUCCUGCCCAAAGCAAUGCAUUCCACCCCACUGCCUACCAGACUUCUGGAGAGCAAAGCCAGUCUGAGGAAUGGGGAUCAGUGCCUGGAGACCUGUGACCUGGAUCUUUCCUCAAAGGACCUACCUCAUGAGCCACUGCAGAUGGCUGAACAAAAGACGUUUUCUUCACCACCGCUGUACUGCAGGGAGUCUACCAUCUCUGUCAGUCUGGAGGACAAGAGCCGUCCUCGUACACCAGUAACUGAGUCAGGGAAGCAGUCUCCCUGUAACGGGGUGGCAUCUUGCACCUCCACCCCCCCUCAGGCACAAUCGUUCUCCACACCUCCCACCAGACGAACUCUCUCCUCUGCACAGUUUCAGAGCAUCCAGUCAGUCUUUAAGGUGAAUGCCUCCUCACCCCAGAAUGGGGAAAUGAACUACAAACCAGAUUCCGCAGUUUUCGCUGAGCCCAGGUACAGCACUGCCAGCACCCAAACACCUCCCGAGUUUGCUCCCACAGAAGAUGAACCACAGCAGGUGUACCAAUCAGAUUAUACGGUGGGUAAUGGUGGACAGACCUUCCUGUCCCCUGGCCAGUCAGGUGGAAGUGCGGGUCGAUCCGGCCAGUCGUACUACAGCAGAGGAUCUGUGAGAGGUAUGGCACGUGGCGGCAAGGGACUGGCACACACCUUUCGCUCUUCUGGUUGGUAUCGAGGAGGAACCUUCAUCCCCCAGGCUCAUCUCAGGGACUCUGGCCCUCUGCUAUAUGCUGCAAGAGACUCUGGAUAUCAACACAGCUAUAGGCGUGGAGGAGGGAGACAUAACUCCAGUGCAGCCUGGAGUGAUUCCUCUCAGGUGAGCAGCCCAGACCGUGAGGGAGCCUUCACAAUUGUGGACUCGGGUCAUGGUGAUUCCCUGUCAGUCUCCACUAUGGAGGUCCCGCUCACUCCCCAUGGCCACCACCACACCACCUUGCUUCCCAUGCAACUGUACCCGCUCUCCCAGCCGCUGCGAGUGGCCUUCACCGCCUCUCGUACCGCCAACUUCGCCCCAGGCAACCUGGACCAGCCCAUCGUGUUCGACCAGCUGCACAGCAACCUGGGGGAGAUGUACGACACCCACAUUGGCCGUUUCACCUCCCCUGUGAAUGGAACCUAUGUCUUCAUCUUCCACAUCCUGAAGCUCGCCAUCAACGUGCCACUCUACAUUAAUCUCAUGCGUAAUGACGAAGUGAUGGUGUCGGCAUAUGCCAACGAUGGGGCCCCAGAUCAUGAGACGGCUAGCAACCACGCUAUCCUGCCUCUCUUCCAAGGAGACCAGGUGUGGCUCAGGUUGCAUCGUGGUGCUAUCUAUGGCAGCACCUGGAAGUACAGCACCUUCUCUGGCUUUCUGCUGUACCAGGACUGACCAGCUGUCAGCCAAACAGCCCUCCUCUCUUAAUGUGUGGACUGUUUGCUUUGCACUAAAUGGUGAUUAAACUGACAUUUCAGUAUUGUGGUCAGGCUGCAUGCCAGUGCCCUUUUCACCAUAAUGCCCAUUCAUAACAUAAGCUGUCUCAGUGGCCAAAUGGUAUCCUCUGUACUCACAGCCAUUACCUACAUUUGAAGUGGGGAUUGUGACUACUUGACAUAUACCAAACUUACUUGAUUCCCCAUGAAUGUGUAGUUCACGAUGGUGGUGGUGCUCCUUGUGACUGUGAUACUAGUACAACUGGGCCUUGAUCACAUGUCGUCUUGCUGUAAAUUACCCCGUCACUGAUUUCAGUGAUAACUCUAAUGCAACGUUAUGAAUUUGUGCCUUUUUUUUGUUUUCUGAAUGGCUUUGGAUGACUGACCAGAUGUUAUACGGCUAAUGAACUGAAUGAAUGGCUGACUUACCAGAUGAAUUAUAACUGACUCUACUAUCAGCACUUUGCUUGAUGCUGUCUCUUAUGCAUUCAGUCUCACCUUGCUGUGUGUGUGUGCGUGUGUGUGUGAAUGUGAGCAUAAGGAAGAUUGUGUUCUUGGUGGUGGGUAUGGUGUUAAGGCCAAAUUGUUGCACUAACUGACUACUGUGGUGAGAUGGAAGUGGUCCCUUGAUGUGCCUAAAUAAAAGAUGAGCAGUGAA